CUCCGCCAGCUCCCGGGCACCCGGCGCAUCGUCUGAGGAGGCCUGACGGGGCGCCGCUGCGGCGCCUGAGACCCCGGUUGCCGUCGGGUUUCCCCGCGGUCCCGGGCCCGGCCUCGGGUGCGCGGUUCCCGCCGGAUCCCCCCUCGUGCCGGGUGCGGGGCGAUGCCCGGGCCCGGGAGUGGACAUGGAAGAGGCCCCUCUGCUGGGCGGCAUGUCCGGCUCCGAAGACGAGAUGGUGACAGAGCUUUUCAGCGCCGAGAGUCAGUUUGUUCCUGAAAACCUUCCCCUGAAAAGCUCGGUAGCGGUGAAGCAUGAGGAGGACGAGUUCCACGUCUUCAAAGACGCAUACCUGGGCCCCGCGGACCCCAAGGAGCCCCUGCUGCACGCGUUCAAUCUCCCGCUCGGCGGGGACGGCAAGAGCAAAGUCAAAGUGGAGCUGCUGGUGGACGAGAACGAAGAGGAGGAGCUCCUGGGGGAGUACCCGAGCCUCCCCGACCUCAGCCCCCUGGAAGACGCCGUGCUGCCCGCCGCCCCGCCGCCGCAAGCCUACAAUGUCCACUUCCUGUCCUCCCUGCUGACCCCGCACAGGAGUCCCGCCGUCAUGCCCCUGGGCGCCUGGGCCACCAGGGAAGGGACCGCCCACCCCGGGAUCCGCAUGAUUCCAGUUGAAAUCAAGGAAGCAGGUGGUAUUAUCACAAGUAACAGUGUGGAGGAAGCAACUUUUCAGAGCCCUCUGGCCCAGGAGUCCUGUUGCAAGUUCCCGUCAUCACAAGGAGCAGAGGAUGCCUCUGGCUGCUCUCAUAAGAAAGACUCUAACCCAAUGGUGAUAUGUCAGUUGAAAGGGGGCACACAGAUGCUGUGUGUAGACAAUUCUGGCACGAGAGAACUAAAAGCACUUCGUUUGAUUCCUCAGUAUCAAGACCAAAAUAAUUAUCUACAGUCAGAUGUCCCUAAACCCAUGACUACUUUAGUAGGAAGAUUUUUGCCAGUACCAGCAAAAUUAAAUCUCAUUACACAACUUGAUAACGGAGCCCUACCAUCCACAGUCAACGGGUCUGCUUUCCCCUCGGGAUCAACUCUUCCAGGACCACCGAAAAUAACUUUGGCUGGGUACUGUGACUGCUUUGCAAGUGGGGACUUCUGCAACAACUGCAACUGUAAUAACUGUUGCAACAAUUUACGUCAUGAGAUCGAACGGCUUAAGGCCAUCAAGGCAUGUCUUGACAGGAAUCCGGAAGCUUUCCAACCAAAAACUGGGAAGGGAAAAUUGGGGGACAUUAAGCUGCAACAUAACAAAGGAUGUAAUUGCAAGAGGUCGGGCUGCCUUAAGAAUUACUGUGAGUGCUAUGAGGCCAAAAUUAUGUGUUCUUCUAUUUGCAAAUGCAUUGAUUGCAAAAAUUAUGAAGAAAGCCCAGAACAAAAAACACUCAUGAACAUGCCAAACUGUAUGGAAAUUGGAGGUUUUGAAGGCAGCCACCAUUUGUCACCAACUAAAUUUUCAGGACUACCGAAGUUCAGAAAAGAUAGGCGGUUGUCCUCAUGCAUCUCCUGGGAGGUGGUGGAAGCCACAUGCGCCUGCCUGCUGGCUCAGGGCGAAGAGGCUGAGAAGGAGCGCUGCCCUGAGUGCUUGGCCGAGCAGAUGAUCUUGGAGGAAUUCGGGAGAUGCUUGUCGCAGAUUCUCCAUAUUGAGUUUAAAUCCAAAGGGUUGAAGGUUGAGUGGAGUGCAGCGUGGUGAAGUGUGCACGCGAGGAGAUUUGGUUUCCGUGUUCUGAAGGAAAUCUGUAGUUUAGAAAGGUGGUUUUAAGGACCACAAGGCCGGGUCUGCACCCACAGCUUCCUCGUUAAGAUCCCUCUGCAGCAGGGCCCCGAGGGGCCACUCAGAGUCUCGGAGGGGUCUGAGGAUUAAAACCCGGUCCCCCUCUUUGAGGAAGUGCAUGACAUAGCUGUUGUUGUCUGGACCCAAGGAGUGAGUGUGGGUUCCCAAGAUCCCGGGAGAAUCGUCUGCAUUACACUGAGUGAUGGAGGGUGGAAGCAGGCCCUGGAGAGAAGUAAAAGCCCUUUCCUGUUGACAUCACCCUCUCUCAGGGGGUUUCCUCCUCUGCAGGCUUCUCUGCAUAAAAAGCUGUAAUGAUUUUUCCCCUAAAUUGUUUAGAAAUAAAUCCUCCAGACAGGCUGCUAAGAUACGACUUAAAAUCUGUCGAGAAGUACUGAAAACCUUGGGGAGUUUCUGAGGGUAGAUGUUUCCCCAGAGUCACAGGAAUUACCA